UGGGUCUGGGUCCUACUGUCUCGCUGCCGGGAGCCCCUCUCGGCCUUUCCCUUCCUCCCUCCUCCUGGCGCUGUGCGGUUUCCCGAGGAGCCUCGGCCGCCACAGCUCACAAUUGAGCAUGAGUCUUCUUAUGAUUAGUGAGAAUGUAAAAUUGGCUCGGGAAUAUGCGUUGCUGGGAAACUAUGACUCUGCAAUGGUCUAUUAUCAGGGAGUUCUUGAUCAAAUGAACAAGUAUCUAUACUCAGUCAAAGACACAAACCUCCAGCAGAAAUGGCAACAGGUUUGGCAGGAAAUAAAUGUGGAAGCUAAACAUGUUAAGGAUAUCAUGAAAACACUAGAGAGCUUUAAACUAGACAGUACUCCCUUGAAAGCUGCACAACAUGAGCUUCCAGCUUCUGAGGGAGAAGUCUGGUCCUUGCCUGUACCUGUUGAACGAAGACCCUCACCAGGACCUAGAAAACGCCAGUCUCCUCAGUACAGUGACCCUAAACCACACAGUAACCGUCCAAGUGCAGCUGUCAGAACUCACCGUCCAUCUGCCCAAAAUCUUCACAAUGACAGAGGGAAAACUGUUCGUUGUCGAGAAAAGAAAGAACAGAAUAAAGGAAGAGAAGAAAAGAACAAAUCACCUGCUGCAGUUACAGAACCAGAAACAAACAAAUUUGAUAGUACAGGAUAUGAUAAAGACUUAGUAGAAGCUUUGGAAAGAGAUAUAAUUUCUCAGAAUCCCAAUAUUCGAUGGGAUGAUAUUGCAGAUUUAGUAGAAGCCAAAAAGUUGCUUAAGGAAGCCGUGGUGUUACCUAUGUGGAUGCCAGAAUUCUUUAAAGGCAUUCGGAGACCAUGGAAAGGAGUGCUGAUGGUUGGCCCACCUGGCACAGGAAAGACCCUGCUUGCUAAAGCAGUAGCUACAGAAUGCAAGACAACAUUCUUCAAUGUUUCUUCAUCAACUCUUACUUCCAAAUACAGAGGAGAGUCUGAGAAACUUGUUCGUCUUCUGUUCGAAAUGGCUCGAUUUUAUUCUCCAGCCACCAUAUUUAUUGAUGAGAUAGAUUCCAUUUGUAGUCGCAGAGGGACUUCUGAAGAACAUGAAGCAAGCAGAAGGGUGAAAGCCGAGCUGCUGGUUCAAAUGGAUGGUGUUGGAGGUGCUUCUGAAAAUGAUGACCCUUCCAAAAUGGUCAUGGUUCUGGCAGCUACUAAUUUUCCCUGGGAUAUUGAUGAGGCUUUAAGACGACGUCUUGAAAAAAGGAUCUAUAUUCCAUUACCAUCAGCAAAAGGCAGAGAGGAGCUAUUACGGAUAAGUCUACGUGAGCUGGAGCUGGCCGACGAUGUUGACCUUGCAAGUAUAGCAGAAAACAUGGAAGGUUAUUCAGGUGCAGACAUUACCAACGUGUGCAGGGAUGCAUCUUUGAUGGCAAUGAGAAGGCGUAUUGAGGGUUUGACCCCAGAAGAAAUCCGAAAUCUUUCAAGAGAAGAAAUGCACAUGCCUACAACUAUGGAGGAUUUUGAAAUGGCUUUAAAAAAGGUUUCUAAGUCAGUAUCUGCUGCAGACAUUGAAAGAUAUGAGAAAUGGAUAUUUGAGUUUGGAUCAUGCUAAAUUCUCACAUGUAAACUGUGAGGAAACCUGCCUUAAGUGUUUGAAUAAUAAUUAAAUGUAGUAUUUCAUUACAUUGAGUGCUAUAUUUUUUUAAACUUUCAUAAUGAUAAGAUUAAAAAAACCUUAUGAUUCUGAAUAAAGUUAAUUUUUUUAAGCUGCAAGUAAAUUUGUUUUACUUUAACGUUACCUUUUUUCUAUUUCCCUGACCACAAAUGUUAACAACAAAAAUGCCAUUACUUUAGCUUGCAAAAUUGUCUUUAUAGGCACGUCUGAGUACGUAUAGCAUCUUCUAUUCCACUGUCUGCUGCUGCUGUUCCUUCUAGCAAGGAGAAUAAGACUGGCUCCAGCUCCCUGGGUGCCACUGGAUGCAACGGAAAAUUACUGAACAUUUUUACACAAGUAGCCAGUAAAAGCAUGAACCAGGCCAGUGUGCCUUCCUUUCUGCCUGAUGUUAGGGUAGUUUCCCUUCUCUUCCUGGGAGAGCAGGCAAGUCCUUCAUUUUACUGUGCAUUUAAAGGGAGAAAAUAUACAACUUUGCUGGAUUUUAUUCUAACUACAUAAGCGGCUACACUAUAGGCAAGUAGAUAUUCCUAAGCCUGUGCUGUUCAUUGUACUCUAAUCAAACCAAUUUCACGGGUAAGCUCUUAUUAACUCAUGGAUGCUAAGAAUAAUUAAAAUAAUACUUCAUGGUAUAAAUAAAAGUUAAUAAAUGAAAUAAAAGUUAAUAGUAUAAAGUUUUAGGUAAGAUUUCCAUUUAUAAUUACUUUAAAGAAAUAAUUUAUUGUAUCAUUCCAGCCAUAGAAGAGAAAUCAGCCUCAAGGAGAUUAAUUAAGUACCUUGCCGUGGUCCCCAGUCUCACUGGGAAGGCAGGAGUCAGGAUGGGAAUCAGGUGUGCGGACUGCUAAGCCUACUCUCCCAGUUAGCCUUAUAGCCUACUUAAGUUUUCUCUAGAAUCUAUAAGCUAAUGCUUAAUGCAUGAAAUAAGACCCUGUCAUCAUUUGGAGUGUUUUUUAACAAUUUAUGGAGUGAGGAAGGGCAUAAGAAAUAAAGUAUUACUAGCUGAGUGACUUUAGGAUCAAAUUAUAAAUUGCAUGCUGCUAUUUAUUCUAAAAUUUGGAGCCAGUACUCACAUUUCACAGGGCUAUUAUGAUUACUAAUUAAAAACAGGCAAAAUGAAAUAUCCCUCACACACAGAUACAUACAUAGCUAGCUUAAAUAUAGUUAAAAAAAAAUCAGUCAUUACAUUCUUGGGCAAUGUUUUCAAUGGUGGGUUGCGACCAAAAAUUUUUUUUAAUGAAACAUAAUAGAAGGUAUUUAUCAUGUGGAGUAAAGAUAUGUACAAGGUCACAUUGUCAAACAUGUAAUAUGGGCGAUGGUUAAAAAAGUAAGACAAACACUGCUGUGGGUAAAUAGGAACCACAAGACCAAGGGCACACUGUAAUUCCUUGAUAUUGACGGACUCAUGAACUGUUUUCAACCUUGGUUUCAGCUAGUGUAAGUGAAAGGCACUACUAUCAUAUAUAGGUAAUUCUCACCUGGGCAAAGUUCUUAUGUAAUUUUAACCAAAAAAGCUGUACUUUUUCCCUACCAAAAAAGUUUAGAGUGAGAACAUGUCACUAUUACUUUUAAAUCCUGGUUUAUUCAAGGUUAAGUAGUCUUGGUACAGUAUUCAAUCAAAUUGUAAUACAUUUCAGUAAUUUUAUACUGAGUCACAAACAAUACAAAGGCACGUUGUACUGGAUAAAAAAAUAAGUGUUAAGUUCCUGAACAUUUAAAUUAGAAUUUCAUAAAGUGCUUUUCAUAAAGUCUUAUAUAUUAUAGUAAUUAAGUGGAUAUAAUUUCUUUAACAAAGGCACCUUGAAAAGUUAUUGGCACAUGGCAUU